CGUUUCAUAUCGCCCCCCAACCCCACCCCGACCCUGGUCCUGCUCUCUUCCCUCGUUUCACAAACAAAUCCAUAAAUAUAUAUAUAUAUAUAUACCUACAUAUAUAUAUAUACAGGUUCCAUGUAUGUAUGUAUAUAUAUACUGCUCCAUAUCCGUACAAAUAGUCUACAUAUAGAUGUUUGAGAUUACCACUUUUGUCUUUUUCCCAACACAUGAUUGAUCGGUUAAAUAGGAAAAGAAGAUUGCGGAAAUUUUAAACCCUAUUUUUCCUUUUUAUGGUUAUCUAUCUCGAUCCAUGUAUAAAUGGAAACCGUAGGUUGAUACCUUGGUUAGGUUAGAUUGUAAAGGAAGCGAAGGGUGUAAAGUUUGUUGGGGAAUUUGGGGUUUUAGUGUUUCAGGAUUAGGGCAGAAGGAGGACGUUAAUUUCAACUAUUGUGUAUUGGAUUUUGGUAGGAUUAGGGCAUUGGUCUUGGUUGAGGUCGAUCAAUUUAGCUUAAGUAUUAGAAUUGACUUGAAUAUGUAUUGAACCAGCCCAAUGAAUUCAGAGAGAGUUACAGUUCGGAGGAUAGGAAUUUGAGGUUGAUUUGAUUUUCUGGGGAACGGUUCCUUCUGUUGUAUAUGAACGGUUGAGUUAGGUUUGGUGGUGUUGGAGAGAUUUGAGUUGAUUUAGAGCAUUUGUUUGGUUGUGGAAGUUAGUUUUUAUUGGAAAUUGCAGAAUGAGCUUGGGAUAUGAAGAUCGGAGGUCCCUGGACAAUGGUUCUGAAAAACUUGAUGUGGUUUUAACGAAGCGGAAGAUAUACUAUUCGAGAGAUUUCCUAUUGUCUCUGAGUAAUUUGGAUAUCUGCAAAAAGUUGCCAAGUGGUUUUGAUGAGUCUCUGAUAAGUGAAUUUGAGGAUGCCCUGCUAAGACUACCAGAUCGACCAAGAAUCCCAGGGAGCUUGCCAGUGCAUGGUUUCAGGCGUAUUGAAUAUGGCUCAUCUCCACCUACGCGGGGGGGUUCUGGUAGUUACCCUAGAGGCACUUCUGGAAAAUGGGGAAGCCGUUCAUCGGGGCGAAGUGAUCGAGACAGUGAUUCUCAAUCAGACAGGGAGUCAGAUUCUGGAAGGUGUUAUGGUCAUCAAUCUCGACGCUCAUGGCAGACUCCUGAGCAUGAUGGGCUUCUGGGAAGUGGUUCAUUUCCAAGACCCUCUGGAUAUGCAGCUGGGAUCUCUGCUGCAAAGGUGCAAGCAAAUGAGCACCAUCAACUUGGCAGGAGUAGUGAGCCAUAUCAUCCUCCAAGGCCUUACAAGGCAGUUCCUCAUUCAAGAAGAGACACUGACGCCUACAACGAUGAAACUUUUGGUUCAGUAGAGUGUACUAGUGAGGAUAGAGCAGAAGAGGAGAGGAGGAGAAGAGCUUCUUUUGAGAUGAUGAGGAAGGAACAGCAAAAGGCUCUGCAGGAGAAGCAAAGAUUACAUCUAGAAAAGCACGAAUCUGGUGGUGUUUCAGACCUUUGUGAAGUGUUGGUGAAUAGCAAAGAGGAAAACAGUGUCAAUAAUGAUGAAAUGGAGGUUUCUGCUGCAGCACCCAUCUUGAGCAAUGAUUUAGAGAAAUCUUCUUUUGUUUCACACUCUCCUUCAUCAAGACCACUUGUUCCACCUGGCUUCAAAAGCAAUACACUGGAUAAGAGUUCUGUAUUGAAAUCUCUGAUUCAUCCUUCUUUGUCAGAGGUGCAGAAACCUGUAAAAGGGAAACGCCUCGUAGAUGCUGGACAGAAUCUUGAUCAAAAUACUAAUAAUGGUGCAGAGAGACAGUUAUCUCAAGAGAUUAGUGUAGUUGACAGCCAGCCUCCAGAGAAGGCACAACAUGGACUCUUUUUGAGCAAAGGGGGGAAUGUGGGUUUAGAUGUCAGUUUAGAUGUGCCCAUUAAGAAGAAACCUGGCAUGGAAGAUCAAUUACUUCGCCUUUCAGGUCAUUUAGAUUCUCAUGGAACCCUGGAUGAUCCUGAAAUUGCUGAACUCAAUGCUACCAGGGUGUUCAACGACAAAUCUGUUCGUGAUUCUGAUAGAAGUCAUUCAACCUCAGUUCUGGAAAAGAUUCUUGGUAGCACAUUAUCUGUGAAUGAUGGUCAUGCUAGUUCAGCUGAGCAUCAUGAUAGUAAACCUGAUGGUACAUGGAGCCCCAAUUCUGUCCAGUCGUCAAAGUUUGCUCAAUGGUUUUUCGAGGAAGAAGCAAAGGUCCCUGGUGUUGUUUCAUCCACCAGCCCAAACGGUCUGCUAUCAUUGAUAGUCAGUGGUGAUAAAGCUGAUGGGGUAUCUGACCAAGCAUGCAUUAACAACAAAGAGGAGGGGAUUCCGACUGUACUUACGUGUGAAGACCUUGAACAAUCAAUUUUAUCAGAGUACCAUGCAAAGACGACAAACGUGCAACCAUGCUUAAGAAACUGGGGUACUACUUCUACAAAUACCAAUCAACCAAGCACACGUGCUGAUGAUCACGCAUCUCUACAACUGCUCUCUAUGUUGCAGAAGAGCACAGACCAGAAUACUACUACUGUAAGCUCUGAUGUUGAUAUCAAUUUGGCUGAUAAACAGCCAUCUUCGCAAGAAAAUGAUUUGCCCGCAGUAGCCAACAAAGCUCAAGGGGAAGAGAACAAUAAGGUUAUACCCAAUUUGGGCAAGACACUCACUCUUGAAACACUAUUCGGAACUGCUUUUAUGAAAGAGCUACAAUCAGUUGAGGCCCCUGUUUCUGUCCAGAAGGGCUCAAUUGGGACUGCUGAAGUUGAUGCUCCAGAUCCGCAUGGAUUACCUCUUCCAAUCACUAAUAAUGACAUUGCUUCUUCAACACCUGAUGAAACUGGGUUUCAGAGACCAGGUCAUGACUUCAGUGCACCUUCAAACCAUAGACAGCGUACAAAACUGGGUAAGGCUGAGAGCUGGCAUGGCUCUGAGGACUCCACGAUUGGAAUAACUACAUCAAAGCUUCAUACUGAAGCAGUCCCCAAGCACUGUGGGUUGGAAAGGGUUGUUGAAUUUCAACUGCCUGAAGAAGAGAACUUAAUGUCUGCUGGUGGCACUCAGGAUAAACGGAUGCUGGCAUUUAUGCCGACUGGUAAUUCAAUUACCAAUAUAAAUCUUUCUUCAGAUAUACCCAUCAACUUAUCCGAUAAACUUGCUGCUCUCGGUGCUUUUGUUAAAGACAAGCGACGCAUCGAAGGUUUAGAAACUCUGCCCUUUGCUCGUAAUUCUUAUGAACAAAUGGAGCCUGAAAUUGCCUAUGGCAAUGUUCAGGUGCAGCACUCAUCGCCAUUGUUUCAGCCGCAAAUGACCAAAGUGAGGCAGCCACCAUAUCCUCACUUGGAACCACAUCAUGCUCACAUGAAUUCCCGUAUGAAGUUUUUGGGUCCAGAGCCCAUUAAUAAUCAUGAUUCUCCAGCCAAUCACCAAUUUUCUUCAAGUAUGAUUCGGCCUCCUUUCCAUCACCCAAAUGUAAGGAUUGCUGGAUUUGAUGUUCCUUCUCAACAGUCGAUGCUGCAUCAGAUGCAAAUCUCAGGGAACAAUCCUCCACACAUGUUACCUGACUUUCCAAGAGGUGGUCCAGUCUCCCAGCACAGCAACCAAGCAACUGGUUUUAUCCAGGAAAUGAAUCAAAUGCAAGGUUUCCCUUUUGGGCCCCGUCAACCAACCAUGGGCAGCCGUGGUGCGCCAAUCCCAGCCAAUCCUCCUGAGGCUCUCCAAAGGUUUAUAGAAGUGGAGCUCCGGGCAAACUCAAGGCAAAUCCACCCUUUUGCUCCUGGUCAUAGCCAAGGGAUGUAUGGUCAUGAAGUAGACAUGGGUCUUCGAUACAGAUAGUUGAUUACAUUACACUUGGUGGUGCAUCCUUGUUGAUUGUGAAUAUACCGUCUUUGCAGAAGGAUCAGGCAUGUGUCCCGGUGACAAACUCUAUAGAAUGUAGUUCAUCUGUCUGUAAUAUGGGAUGACAUUGAAAUUGUGGGAGAAUAUAUAAGGGCUUUCUUGGUGGUCUGUGUAUAUGGAAGAUUGCGACAAUUCAACAGUGGUGCCAUCUCUCUCUC